CAUGUGGUUGAAUCCAUUGGCUAUUUAGGCUUUGAGGCUGCAGGACGCUAAAUUGAUAGGCGUGUAACGUUACUUGUGUUUUAACUGGUUAUUUUAUUGUCCGUGCGUAGGCUACUUAUAAUGAUAUGUUUAACCAUUAAGUGUUCACGAGCUUAACGUGACGGUCAUGUUUAGUAGCCUACAGUUGAGAAGGAGGGAUGCUCAUUCAAUGUAGCCUAAGCAGGGGUGUUGCCUUUCACUCUCAUCUCACUUCAGAAAGGAGACACCAGCCUCACAUUAAAAGAGUCUGUCAUGUUGCCUACGUCGGUAUCCAUAUAUCCAAAAACAUGAUGUAAUAUGUUCUGAAUAUGUGAUUACAAAGAGACUUGUUUGGGCUAACAAAAGCUGAGGGUCUCUCUUUGUUUAGCAUUCCCAGAAAAAAGACGUUUGAGGACGUCAUCUUGGGCUUUGAAAAACACAAUAGUUGACAACUAAUCGAUUGUUUUUUGCAGCUCUACAUUGAUUGAAAUUUUCUAACAUUUUAUAGACCAAACAAUGAAUUGAUUAAUCGAGAAAAUAAUUCACAGAUUAAUCGAAAAAAGAAAUAAGGUUGCAGCCCUAAUCAAUAUGCUGUGCACCAUCUCUUCUGAAGCCCAGGACAGCUUGAAGACUUACUUUAGAUAAUGAUGCCACAUAACAUGUCACAGCCAACAAUCAUGGUCCUGUCUCUCUCCUUUGUGCCAUUAUCUGUCCUCAUACUCGGGAGGUCAGUGAUGACCUCACUCUGGGAUUGUCUGACACUUCCCAAUCCCUAACCACAUUACCAUGGCAACAGGAAGAAAAGGCUCCACCUCGAAGGCAGGUGGGGUGCGUUUCCCUGACGACGACGAGCCUCCCGGCUCUCCAACACGGAAAGACGACAAGUCAAACCUCUCUACUCUCAUUGCUAUCCCAGAGAAGGAUGGCAGCUACUUGGUCAAGGCUGGUUUCCUGAAGAGCCACCACUGUUAUGAGAUUGUCUUCACCAUCCCAGAUGUUCCCACACUGGGCAAAGAGCUCUCCUGUCUUCCUUCCUCCUCUCCAACUCGGAGGUUCCCCUGCCUCCGGGUCAAUCGUAUCGACUCCAUAGUGGAGAGAGGAGUAAAGGUAACAUGUGAGUACAAGACUCACCAGGAGGGGGUGCUGCAGGAGGAGAUCACUCUGGUAACCAGAGGGAGGAAGGGCAGCAGUCUGAAGGUCAGAUUCCAGGCCAGGGUCAUUGACCCACAACACGGGACUCCCAUGCUGCUGGAGGGGGUGAGAUGCCUGAGUGCUCGGAAAGACUCCCACACAAAGCACAGCAGCGACUGUGAGAAGAUAUGAUGAAAAGAUACACAGAUAUCAUGUAUAUAAAUCUAGAACAAUGUGAUUCAGAGACUGGGUCAGGGCCCAGUGUGAUAGUAUAGGAACAGUAAAAUAUGUUCCCCUAAUUGGAAACAGCUUAAUUUGACUGGUAAAUAAUUGGAGGUGCUAUGUUUUGCAAUAGUGAAAUUUUAAAAUAUUUGUUGGAAAAAUACAGGUCAAACAAAUGCUGAAAUUGAGAUGGGUGAGAUUUCAAAACAGUUUAAAAAUGCAGUAUCUUAGAAAAGAAUAGAAUACACUGUUAAUGUCCAGCCAAGGCCAGAAAAUCCCCUUUGGUCUCACCAGAUACAAUGAAAAGAUCACAUGACAUCAGAGGAUGUGAGCGGAUGUUGCUGAAUGUUUCCCCAUGCUUAACUCCGAUUUCACUGUGCUCCACCCAAAUCUCUCACCGCUCGCUCCAAAUGUUUUUUAAAAACCUGUAUUUAUCAGAUGAACGGUGCCCGCUCUCUCUUCAUACCACCGGUGCCCGGAGCUGGCGAUCUAGAGGGAAGACAGGUGAAUUUUACAGGUGUUGAAAUUAAUCAAAUAAUCGAUGCAUCGAAUCGUGGACAUGGACGAUGCUGCAUCGAUA